UUUUUUUUAAAUUCUCACUAUUUGAAGAGUUUCUCGCAUUCCUUCCAUUGAGUUUUCCAUAAUCAGAAGGAACAGCCAUGAAAGGGGACUACUUCAAGGAGAACUUCUGGAGCAAUGACAUCAUCAGCACCGCCGGCUACGACACCCUCAUCCAGCACAUGAAUGACGGCAGAAAGAACUGCAAAGAAUUUGAAGACUUUUUGAAAGAAAGGGCCGUAAUAGAGGAGAAAUAUGGGAAAGAGCUGAUCAACUUAACAAAGAAGAAGCCGUGCGGGCAUACAGAGAUAAAUACGCUGAAACGCUCCCUGGAUAUCUUCAAGCAACAAGUGGACAAUAUAGGUCAGAGUCACAUUCAACUGGCGCAAACCCUUCGGGAAGAGGCGAGGAAGAUGGAAGAGUUCCGGGAACGGCAGAAGUUAGAGAGAAAAAGGAUAGAAGCUGCCAUGGACGCCAUUCACAAACAGAAACAAAUGCAGUACAAAAAAACUAUGGACUCAAAACGGGUUUAUGAGCAGCGGUGCCGGGAGAAAGAUGACGCGGAACAGGCUGUGAAUCGGUGUAAGAACUCGGCGACUACAGGCAAGCAGCAGGAGAAGAUUUUUUCAAAAUUGGCACAUUCAAAGGUGACAGCAGAGGACUCUGAUAAGACGUAUCAGCAGAAUAUCAGUCUACUCGAUAAAGUCCGGGAGGAUUGGCAGAAUGAACAUAUCAACUGCUGCGUGUUCUUCGAGAACCAGGAAUGGGAGAGGAUUCAUUUUUUCCGGAACGCGGUUUGGACCCACGUCAACCAGCUGUCUCAGCAGUGCGUCACCGUCGAUGUGAUGUGCGAAGAGGUCCGCAAAGCUUUGGAAGUUUGUAAUAUCGAGAAAGACGUCGAGUAUUUUACGCAAACUCAUAAAACGGGAGAUAACCCCCCAGCCCCAAUUCCUUAUGAAAAUUUCUACAACUUGCAGCGGAACGUCCCGCCCGUCAGGAGUCAGGGGCUUCCUGGAAUAAGACGGAGUCCCCACCAAGUCCGUGCUAGUGUCCCAGAUCCCCAGUACGCCAGUGUGGAAGAUUUCAAUAUAUACCAGUAGAAAAGGUCCUGGAUCUUGGGUUUUCUUGGAUGGAACGCAUUUCAAUUAACUAUUCGAUGACAUUUUUUUUUUUUAAAC